AUGCAAGUUUUGGUGCGAAUCCAAGUGGAACUAGGCAAGUCGUCCCCGGGGCUCCGCCUCUCCGACUAUUUGGCUUCCGCACCACCCAAAACCCGCCAGACCGGGAUGGACUCCUCAGAGGUAGUCGACGAAGUGAUCUCCGCUUUCAAGGAUCGCAAUCUCUUGAUCAAACGGGAUGCGAUCGAAUCCGCUCUCACAGAGGCCGCGCACGUGGAAUGGGUAUCGAAACAUCUUCGCCCGGACACUUUGCUAUACACCAAGUUAGAAAGCUCCGGUGCCCUUCAAUCCGUGAUCCAUAACCUAGACCUGGAUGCGACCCGACCUCUCCUGGAAGACGACCUCCGAACUGCGAUUGAAUCCCUCGAAGCAUCGACAGCUACAAUACAGAAACAGGCCGAGACGCUAGAGCUACAAUGCGAGAUACUUCAGAAGCAAUUGGGCCAGGAAAACAGUUUGGACCAAGAUCGAACUCGGGACAUUGCCCGACUGCGCAAGAAGCACGAAGCGGGGAGACAAAGCACUACAGUCGCGGCAAAUGGGCUUUCUGAUGAGCUUGAGGCCAGCUUCAGGAACGCAUCGGACCAGACGGGUGCGGAGAGCAAGAGAAUUCUAGCGUCCCUGUCCACCCGGCUCAAGCAGGAUGACAAGACACUGGUGGGUCUAGAAGCACUCAUAUCUGGCAUCAAGUCUCAUGGCAAUGGUGCAUCGACGGCCAAGCAAACCGGCCAUCUGGCGGCGAUGCUCGCGGACUACGUUGCGGAAGAAAUCCAUUACCGCCUCGACCGAUUAUAUUUGGAAGCCAUUCAGAGCAAGUCAGAGCCCCAUCCGGACGCGACCGUUGAAGAUGAGACGAUCACAGCACUCGAGGACGAACUUGAGUCUCUCUACACAGAAAUCGAGAUUCUCGCCGAAAUGUCCACCAAACAGCAGUUCAACGAGCCAAUUCUACGCGAAAUCCAAAACGAGCACGCUCAGCUACGGGAAGUAUCUCAACAGAAGCUCGAACAGGUUCUCGAUAUCUUGAUUGAAAUGACUUUGUCGAAACAAGCACUCAAGAAAAGGCUAGAGGACCGGGAAUCCUCGUGUGAACUGCUCGAGCAAUUAGCCACGCUCUAUCAAUCGCAAGCAGGCAGCCAGAUGGCUCCCCAGCAAUCUUCCCGGCGGGAGUCCUUGAGACGACGAUCGAUACAACCGGGAGUCUUGUUUGCCAAUACCCGCAACCCCGCCACUCCGGCGAUCGAGCAGCCGGCACUGGAGAAUCUUCUACGGCGCAUUGGGGUGUCGCCUGAAUCAGCUCUACGCCCACAGGUAGAGGAUGGCGGUGCCCGAGGGCUCCACGAGAAGCGAAUUCACAUGUCCGAGACGCUCCAGCAUCUCAAGGUCGGGGUGGACGUUCCCUUGGUGGCUCAUCUGGCUCCGUUGGACAACGCAUCCCAGCUUCUGACAUCUUCAUUACAUGCCAACUCCCACUUUGAAACGUCAUUACCAGACCCUGACCAGGAAAACGCGCUCUUGGGCCUCGAGGCAGAGUUGGCGAGCCUUCAGCGAGGGGUCCAGAGGCUCAACUUGGAUGUACUCCACCAACGAGACAAGACGCAGGACACAUUCCUCGAGCGAUGGGCCUAG